GUCCCAGCACGCUUGCCAUACUUUCACAUGACUGCCACUGCGUGUGACUGACCUGCAUUCCUCCAGUGGCAGUAGAUCUGCCAAACUGACUUAUUUUAAUGGCCAUUGGAGUAUAAACAGUUGCUGUAAACACUUGUCCCUCGCUGUCGGGCUUUGAUAUGUAGUAAAUAUUGUUUCUAGCUGCACUAACAACAAAUAGUCUGCGGUGUGAGAGGACUUCUGACAUCUGACUCGGACUCGCAGCUGAAACAUUCACUUCUUCUUUCUGUCUGAGUGCAUCCUCAGUUUGUUGGUUUGAGAGUAACUUACAUGGGUACGAGAUAACUGAUGACUGGAGAACAUCUGGCUUUUUCUGGGCUUCUUGUCGGCGAUGGCGGAGCUUAUGCCGCCAGACUCAAUAAGGUGUAGAUAUUUUUUCCUAUACGAUGGAUCCAAGGUCAAAGGAGAGGGUGACCCUACAAGAGAGGGAAUCUGCUACUUCUAUCCUGAAGAGACCCCUGUAGAUCGGCAGGAACUGCUCUGUGGCCAGCUUGCUGGCGUGGGCCGCUGCGUCUCUGAGCUUUCCUCCUCUCCUGUGCGCAUACUGAGGCUGCGCCGCAACAAGUUCGCCAUCCGCAUGAGAGAUGACUUCUUUUGGGCUCUGGGCUGUCCAGUGGAAGUCCCCACCGUCAGUGUCUGUGAGCUCCUGGAUCAGCUCAUAAACCUCUUUUGUUUCUACAAUGGCUCCGUCCGCCAGAGCUACCAGCUUAACAGUCAGGAAACUCUGGCUGCUCGAUGGGCGCUGUACCUUUCACACCUGCAAGCAGGGUCCUCAGAGCUUCAUCAUAUCUUCAGCUGCUUAAGGACCAUUGACUCAACUAAUGUUGACCCACUUCUGCUGCUUAAAGCUGCCCUCAUUCUUCAGGCCUGCCAACGCUGCCCUCUAGUGUUAGCAGGCUGUAUUCUCUUCAGAGGAAGAGUUGUGAGCACGCAGAUGUCCCCAGAUCUCACAAUGAAGGUCAUGGUUCAUGAGAGUGAAACACACAACAAGGCCCAGAGGCCCAAUGGACCGAGCACCUCCAGCUCAUUCGGUGGUGCUGUCAGCUCCACCACCGUGUUCUUGACCAUGUCUGAACUUCAGUACCUGCAGUCUGCUCCUGUAGACAGAGAAUUAGGGUCCUAUUCUACUCCAAACAAAGACACUCCCCCAAAGAAGACCCGCUUGUCAAGAACAUUAUCUGACACACCCUCCACUGAGUCUGAGCCAUCUGAUCCAGGUUCUUCCCAGUCUCCCCAGAAGGUGUCCUUCAGCCCUCACUUGUCAUCGUCAGACAACUCAGUGAUCAGCCCAGCUCCAUCACAGGGCACCACUGAUCCAUUCCAACCCACAUCGCACCUCGAGCCUCCUCUCUCAAAUGGAAAACACUCCCAUGAAGCAGAGGAGGAGGCUCUGGACGAGUCAUAUUAUCACAGUUUUCACAGCAAUGGUGAUGGAGGCGGCCAGAUACAUGACGAAGGAGACAGCUCUGUGCUCAAAGAAAACUCCCAUAUCAAUGGAGCAGAUGGAGACGCAGUUUGUGGGACAGUAUUUGACUUCCAAGGGACGGAGUCUGAGAAUGACAAUAAGGUUUUGGAGGAGGCCAGCGGAUGUGACAGCGGGAGUGCAGAAGACCAUCAGGCUAAGAUGGGAGAUCUCCCUCCUGUCCCUGGUGCUUCUGACGAGGCAGACGAGACCCCUCUGGUGCCCAUGACACUGUACCUGCACCGAGUUAAAGGCUUGGUACUGGCCCUGCUGGUGGAGCCUCACUUCUUGAGUGACACAGCUUCCAUGGAAGAAGUGUAUCACAGUUGCCUGGCGUCGCUGAAUGGACUGGAGGCCCAUCUGAGGACCAUCUCUCCAGGGGCCCCAGCUACUCCAGGACCCUACAUCUUUGCCCAUUUUGAUUGCAUUCAGAGCACGCUGACAUCCAACCUGUCUGGUCGACCAGGGGGAGCCCCGGAGCAUCCUUUUGUGAGAGCCAUAUCACUUCUUCACUCGCAUUUCUGUAACACUGAAACUCUGCAGGAGGCUAUUAUCAGGAGUGCCGGCGUUGCUAUCUAUGGAACCCGCAGCGUGGCCCAGGAGACUUACUUCCUGCAGCACGGGGGAUCACUGAGGAACUCGGGCAUCCCUAACCACCAGGACAGCGCUUUCUCCCUACCCAGCAAGGCUCGACACAGACUGAUGAAACACGGGGUUAACCUGCUCUGACACGAUGGCGAGGAGACGCCCGCUCUCAGUGUCCGUAAGAGGGGAAGUAUUUUGUUAAAAAUCUGAAGAACUGUCCUGAGAGUAACCUUAAAAUCAACAGAGAAGAUUUGAGGAUAUGAUUUAAGGCUUCCUCUGUCUUGUAGCUGCAUAUGUUAACAGCUACCUAUCGUUAUGGCAAUCAAACUCACAGCAGAACUUUUUAUUCUUAUUGUUCUAUUUGUAUUAUAACUAUGAAUUUGCUAUGACAAUAAUAUUAAAGUUGUUUUGUUAAAGAUGAUAUUUUUCCCACAGUAAUAAGCUUCUGUUCACACACUGAACACAUUUUGCAACUUUUUUUGCAACACAGUGAAUGUAGUAAUUGCUGUUGUAUUUAAUAUUUAAUCCUUCAGAUUCAUGCUUCUCAUUACUGCAAAACUGUACGGUUUUAUUACACAUCUUCUAAAAAAAAUUACAAUAAAUGCUUUUAUUAAAAUUACUUUGUUUUUUUUUAAAUCAGCUCUUAGGUUAAAAAGUGUUAUUUAACUACUCUUCUAUUCCUUUUUCCUUAAAAGUGUAAUUUAAAAAAAAGAAUGUAUUGUAAUGUUACUGAGUAGGGGACCACUGUGAUAGACUGUAGUGCAUCAUUAGUGGAAAUUAAAUGAAUACGUGAUCCUUUCA